UAGAGAAUCAACCCUUCCCGAACAAGGUUGCUUUCUUCUACCAGUAAGCAGGACGCUGUUCGACAGAAAUUGUAGUCUUUUGCUCGAAACCAGGUCCUGGAACUCCCCGAGAUGGCUUCCAUCAACUUCUCUUGCCAUGCUGCCGGUCCUUCAAGUUCCAAGGCAUUUACAAGAUUUCAUUUGUUCAGUGGAUCUCACUUCAUGAAGCCAUUUUCAUCCAAUGGCGCUUCAUUCAAUUGGUCCAUGACUCAACUGGGAGGCAAACCACUAAGCUUUUGCAGAUCUAACACUGAGUCAUCUCAUCCUAACAUCCUUAAUGCUUCAGCAGAAAAUACUGUUCAUAGUGAGCCAUUGACUGGUAUUGAGAUACAACCAGAUGCAGUAGCAUUUGGAACCCUUUCAGCUGAUAAUAUUGCAACAAGCAUGGGUUUUCCAAUUGGUAAAGAUGAAUACAAUUUGGAUCAUCCAAUAACGAAUGGAUUUUCCUCAAUCGCAGAGGCCAUUGAAGACGUUCGCCAAGGAAAGAUGGUAGUGGUUGUAGACGAUGAAGACAGAGAAAAUGAAGGAGAUUUAAUAAUGGCGGCAUCAAAGGUUACACCAGAGGCAAUGGCCUUCAUUGUUAAGUAUGGAACUGGAAUUGUUUGUGUUAGCAUGAAAGAGGAAGACCUAGAGAGAUUGGAGCUUCCGCUUAUGGUAACCCAAAAUAAUGAGAAACUUUGUACUGCGUUCACCAUUUCAGUGGACGCAAAACAUGGUACGACAACUGGGGUUUCAGCACGUGAUAGGGCAACAACAGUAUUGGCUCUUGCAUCAAAAGAUUCGAAGCCUCGAGAUUUUAACCGUCCAGGUCACAUAUUUCCAUUGAAGUACAGAGAGGGAGGAGUCCUAAAAAGAGCCGGGCAUACAGAAGCUUCUGUUGAUCUUGCUGUGCUAGCCGGAUUUGACCCUGUUGCAAUUUUAUGCGAAAUCGUGGACGAUGACGGUUCAAUGGCUAGAUUACCCAAGCUUCAAGAAUUUGCACAAGAACAUAAUCUGAAAGUGAUAUCAAUUGCUGAUCUUAUCAGAUAUAGAAGAAAAAGAGAUAAACUGGUUGAGCAUGCUUCUGCUGCACUGAUACCUACAAUGUGGGGACCAUUCACCGCCCACUGUUAUAAGUCGGUCCUAGAUGGAAUGGAGCACAUUGCAAUGGUUAAGGGUGAGAUUGGAGAUGGGAAGGACAUUCUUGUGAGGGUACACUCUGAAUGUCUUACAGGAGAUAUAUUUGGGUCAGCAAGGUGCGAUUGUGGAAACCAGCUGGCACUAGCAAUGCAACAGAUUGAAGCUGUUGGCAAGGGUGUAUUGGUUUACCUUCGUGGGCACGAAGGGAGGGGGAUUGGUUUGGGACACAAGCUUCGUGCUUAUAACUUACAAGAUGAUGGUCGGGAUACUGUUGAAGCCAAUGAGGAGCUGGGCCUCCCUGUUGAUUCAAGAGAGUAUGGUAUUGGUGCUCAGAUAUUGAGGGAUCUUGGGGUGACAACCAUGAAGCUGAUGACUAACAACCCUGCUAAGUAUGUUGGGCUGAAGGGGUACGGUUUGGCUAUAUCUGGAAGGGUUCCGCUUAUCACCCCCAUAACAAAAGAAAAUAAGAGAUACCUUGAUGCGAAACGCGCUAAAAUGGGUCAUGUCUACGGCUUAGAAUCAGGUAAUGGAAGUUGAUCUCCAAGGUUUAGACAAAGGUAGGGGAUGCGUCAGAUGGACUAUUUUUUCUUUUUAAGUUGAAAAGUAACCAAAAUGAUAAUACACUAAUUAAUUGAUUAUUCAUACAUCCUAUGUUAAAGAAUAGAGACAAUUCUUGUCACUAUAUGAGAUUUUCAAACCUUCAGCAACUCUGGUUUCUUUACUUCAUCAAAGCCUUAAUUGUAUUUGGCAUUGUUGGCAUGAUCACUGUUUGAUGGUAUUUGUUCAGUUAGUA